GUGUGUGCUGAGGUUGUGUGAUGUGGCAGGAAGGGAGGAUUUACCUGUUGGACUACGAGGUUUUGGAUGGCGUCCCGGCCAACGUGGUCAAUGGGAAGCAGAUGUACCUGUCGGCGCCGCUGUGCCUCCUUCACCUGAAUCAGCAGAGCCAGCUGGUCCCCAUUGCCAUCCAGCUGCAGCAGAACCCGGGUCCUCAGAACCCGGUCUUCCUGCCCUCUGACCCCGGCUCUGACUGGCUGCUGGCUAAGAUCUGGGUUCGUGCUUCUGACUUCCAGUGUCACCAGCUGGUGUUGCACUACCCGAGGACCCAUGUGAUUGGGGAGCUGUGCUGCGUGGCCACGCUGAGGCAGCUGCCCGAUCUACACCCGCUGCACCAGCUGUUGAUGCCACAUGUUAAGACGUCGCUGCAGAUAAACCUUCAGGCCCGAACGUCUCUGCUGGCAGCUGACGGUGUGUUUGAUAAGGCGAUGGACUCUGGUCUGAAGACGUUACCCGUCCUGCUGUCCCGGGCCUCGGCCAAGACCACCUAUUGGUCCUUGUGCAUCCCUGAUGACCUGAAAGACCGUGGCUUGGACAACCUGCCGCAGAGCUACUACGCUCAGGACGCACUGAAGGUCUGGGACGCACUGCACAGUUUUGUAGUCAGUUGGGUAAAUGUUUAUUACAGCAGAGACGAUGACGUUCAGCUGGACUCGGAGCUUCAACACUGGAUCACAGAUAUCAACACACACGGCUUCACGCACAACUCAGGUUUCCCUCAGUCCUUCAACACCAAAGCUGAAGUGUCCAAGUUUGUCACGAUGAUCAUUUUUUCGUGUUCACCUCUGCACUCUGCUGUUAACUUCUCUCAGCUGGACUUCGCUCUCUGGAUGCCCAACUGCCAGGUGGCCAUGUUGCGUCCUCCUCCGCAGGUCAAAGGCGGCGUGACGGAGGACGACAUCCUGUCCUUCCUGCCCGAUGUCAACUCCACGUGUCGCGUCCUGAUGACACUGGAGAUGCUGUAACAGCCUGCCCACGACUCUGUUCCUCUGUGCCACUACAACGAGGCCAUCUUUGCAGACGGCGCCCACCGCAGGCUGGUGGAGGAGGUGCAGGCUCAACUUGCCACCAUUUCUAAAGACAUCGUCGAGCGCAACAGCCGGCUGGAGCUGCCGUAUCCGUACCUCUGUCCAUCACACAUCGAGAACAGCGUCGCCAUCUGACCUCAUCCGACAGCAGCAAUUAUUGAUAACAGGAGUGAAAAUCCAUCAAACCAUUAUUAUUACUAUCAAUUAAUUGAUUCUAUUGUAUUUUAAUCAAAUUAAUGUUCUGUAAAAUGUCAGAAAUCAUAUCUAGUGAUUGAUUGUUUUAGCUCAUGAUAACAAAGAGCCAGCAGUGGAAGAAGUACUUUAAAUACUGAAGUAAAAGUAGUAAAAUUCUACUUCAGUAUAACAAUCAACGGCCCAUAUUAGAGUCAUAUUUAUCAUGUUACUGGAUGAAAACCAUGUGUUUGUGUGCUUUUUAAGGUGAAACCAAUUUAAAUUAGUUGAAUUUUCUUCAUGUGAUCAGUAGUUUUAUUUUAAUCUUCCAUAACGCACCGUGAUCUGUUUUCUUAUUACAUACUGUGCUGUUAAUCUGACUCUAAUCACUUGGAAUGCAGUAAAAAGUGCAAUAUUUCAGUCUGGAUAUACUGGAGUACAAAUAUAAAGUGGUAUAAAAUCAAAGUAAAGUCCAGGCACCUCAAAACUGUAAUACUGCAGCUGCAUACAUGCCUAUAAAUGUGAUUUAAAUUUUAAAAAUUUAAAUAAAAUGCUUGC